ACCAGCACCAGUCAAGCGAAGAUCUUGUCAUCCAGCGGUCACCUCUAAAGCUUCCAAGAUCUACGAAUUCCCCCUCGCUGUUCAGAUGUCCCGGUUUACCCAACCAGUUGGUGCAUUUUGAUCACUGGUCCACUGUGACCGCACAAAUUGCAGGCAGUGCAGGCUGAAGCAGGCCCGACUAACGGAGCUUAACGGCACCGAAAAUCUCUACGAUCCCCGCAGACGCGCUCUCCAUCGAGGCAGACACAGCAUCACUUCAUUUCGGUUAUUGCCUUGCCAUUUGCCUCGUGAUCCCCCAGUGCCACACUUGGAUACAUCUGAUCCGUCUCAAACACGCAGCUCUAUCUCGCUAGGAAUGAAUCCCUUCAAGACCUAUGCGACCUCUUUCCUUCACCCUCCACAACGUAAACUCAUUCACGAAUCUGCUGGCCACCACACAAGCUCUCGACUGUCAUGCGUGUCUUGAUCUUCGCGGCGCUGCUUGCUAUGGGCACGACCCAGGCCGCCAGCAGCUCCACGUCUUUAUCAGGCGUGUCGUCCGCCUCCAGCUACGUACCAUGGAGUCUCGCCGAUAACAAGACCAGUCUGGCCAUCAUCGAGUCGCAGCUCACCAUGUGCACUUACUCCAAAGUGGAGGAAUGCAUCCAGGACCCCAAACUCGUCUUGGAACUAGGCUCACUCUACCGCGCACCAGGCUACUGCAUCGCCAUGGACUCUGCCUACGUCAACAUCACCACCACCAGCGCCGCCAUCCCCAACCGCUACUACCCGACGUCUGUCGAGGAAGCGUAUGACGCUGGCUUCUCCAACAAAUUCUCAGAGUGGUCGGACACUAAUCGAGAACAGUUCGAAGUGGACUGCCCUUUGCUCUACAACGAGACCAUCGCUCUGGGCGAAGACAUGCUCUGCUGUACUGAGUCUCAGUAUACAGGUCUGUCCACUCAGGUCCGCAUGAUUCCCGGUCUCUGCUCGGCCUGUAAGGAGAAUCUACGCAACAUUUUCUGCCAGUUCACAUGUAACCCCAACAACAGUAUGUUCCUGGACAUUAACGAGGUCCGUAUUAUGUCGGGCGAUGACGAACACGAAGGCCAGAUCUUCCCUGCCGUCGAGGAAGCCACAUAUUACGUAGGGAAGGACUGGAUCCGAGAUAUCUACGACUUUUGCGAGGACGACAGCUCCUUCUCUUUACUGUGUAACCCGAAUCAAGACUGUACCGACGGCUACGGCCUCAUGGAGUACAUGGGCAAGUACGCCUUCAAUAGUAUCGGAUCUCCAGAGCAGAUCAACGUGACGACUAUGGAUAAAUUCUCAGAGGAGAUUCAGACGACCGAGUUCUGCCACUGCCACUAUGCCAACGAGACCAACUGCAUAUCGCCUAUGAACAACAAAAUGACGUCCUGUGUUGGCGUUUGUGGUUCGUUGUGUGCCGUUAGCUCCGACGACACUCGAACGUACACUGAAGCGUGUUACGGCGCCGAAUCAGCUUCGUCUUCAGGUAGUAGCAGCGCUACAGGCAGUGGCAGUGACUCCACCUGGGCUGAACUAAACGAAUACUUGGCUACCAACAUUCCGGAAACAGACUGGGCCCCUCUCAACUACUUUUUGGUGAUCUUUGGUGGAAUCACUGGCGUUCUGAUAAUUGUGGGCUUUAUCGUCGCUACUCUUCGUGAAAGGAGGUACAACGCAGUCGACCGUCGCUCUGGAACACCUCAAGUCAUUGGACCGGACACUCCGGAUUUCCAUGGAGUGGCUAGUGCGAUGGCUGGAAGUACCGGGUACUUGAGUUUUCUCGAUGAUUUGAUGACCAAGAAGUUGCGGCUUUGGGCUGCGUUCGUAUCCAAGGACAGCCGACCCAAGAAGAUUAUCCCCAUGGUACUGGUUGUCGUUGUAGUGUGUGCUGUUGGUCUGUACAAUAUUGACAUUGAAACGGAUCCGAUCAAGCUGUGGGUGUCCACAUCCAGUACGUCUUACGAGGAGCGCCAGCACUAUGGAGACAUCUUUAACCCCUUUUACCGUUCCGAGCAGAUUAUUCUGGUACCAAAAGACGGAGGUAACAUCUACCGCUCUUCGAUUCUGAAGGAGGCUAUACGUGUGCAGAAUGUGGCAGCUAAUGUGACGUAUACUUCGGAUGAUGGAGAGACCACGGUGGCUCUGGACGACAUUUGCUGGAAAGCUACUGGUACUGGUUGCACUGUCAACUCUAUUACUCAGUAUUUUCAGAACAACAUGGAGCACUUUGAGUUCUACGAGAAAUAUGGCCUCGAACUGGAGCAUUUCAGUAAUUGUCUGUACUCCCCAACGACGUCGGAUGUGGCACUUUGUACAGAGUUGAAGAACGCGUUGGAUGAUGGUGACUCACUCCCUUCAAGUAUGAGUGAUUGUCCAUGCUUAUCAGCGUUCGGAUCGCCCAUGAAUCUGUACAACACAUACCUUGGUGGAUUCCCUGACGGCGCUGAGAGCAACUACACGCUCUUCCUGGACUCGAUUGCUUUUGUUUCUUCGUAUCUGAACUACAACUACGCUGACGAUGACAAGAACGAGCCUGCGAUCAAGUGGGAGCGUGAGUACAUCAAGACGAUGAAGAAGGAGGCCGAGUCCAACUCGGUGUUUAACGUCUACUUCUACGCCGAGAUCUCCGUUCAAGACGAGGUGGAUGCUGAAUCCAGCAACGGUAUGGGUCCUGUGGCGUUGAGUUAUUGUCUGAUGCUGAUAUACAUUUCUCUGGGUAUCAAUCGCUUCAAGUUCGGCCGUGAAUUCUUCAUCUCGUCCAAGAUUGUGGCUGGUUUCUGUGGUGUCAUCAGCAUCGCGUGUGGUGUGGCGUCCACUGUCGGCCUGUACAUGUGGUUCGGAGUCAAACUUCAGUUAAUUAUUAUGGAGGUCGUCCCUUUCCUGUCGUUGGCGAUCGGUGUCGACAACAUUUUCCUUCUCAUUCACGCUAUGACCGAGAAGGAGGACCAGAUGCGUCGUGAACAGCCGAGUCUCUUUGUUGGUCUUGAGCAUAACCCGAAGGCGAUUGAGGAGAUCACCACGACGAUCGUGUCGGAGAGUCUGGCGUACAUUGGUCCCAGUAUCUUCAUGGCAUCUGCGGCUGAAUCGGUGGCCUUUGCCUUCGGUUCCAUCUCUGCGAUGCCUGUGGUGCUGUGGUUCGCAGCUAUGGCCUGUUGCGCUGUGGCGAUCAACUUCUGCUUCCAGAUGACCUUCUUCCUCUCCGUUCUCACUCUGGACAAGCGUCGUGAAUUGAGUGGCAAGUACGAUAUCAUCUUCAAGCGUGUCUCAUCCGUGACAGCACAGGCGCCUGUUGCAGGUCCUGAUACCUCACAGCAGUCGUCCGAGCCGCUUGUGUCGCUGCAGCCCAAGACUCCAGAAGCAGACGAUGUUCGGCCGUCUGUCACGCCAAAGAAGCACUCGCUUACUCAAGUUCUGGACUAUUGUGUGGACGUCUACGCGUCGAUUUUGACCCACAAGCUUGUCAAGAUGAUCGUGCUAUUGGCGUUCCUAGCUUGGACUUUGUGGUCGAUCUACUCGAUGGAAUCACUGGACCAGGGACUUCCGCAGAAGGAGGCGAUGCCGUCCAACUCGUACAUGAUUGAGUACUUUAACGCACUGGACGUGUACUUAGCGACUGGAUCGCCGGUGUAUUUCAUUGUAGAAACUGGUUAUGGUCGGAAUCCGACGUCAUGGUCGUUAAAUGAUGAAAAUGUGGAGACGAUCUUCUGCAAGUCGAAGGAUAUCUGCGGCACUUACUCGAUCCCCAAUAUCAUGAACGCACUGGCCAACCACGGCGACGAGACUGUGACUCACAUUAGUCCUGGGACGACGUACUCGUGGAUGGAUGAUUUCUGGGGCUUUGUGAACCCUGACAGUGAGUGCUGUCGUGUAGAUUCAGAGGGUGCGUAUGUUCCGAUCGAGACUGGCAACGACACGUACACGACUCUGAGAUCAAGUGACGACACGUGUCUCGUUUCGUCUGAGACUGUUCCCCCUGUGCCAGAAGACGAGUACAUGUCGCUCUUCAGUAUGUUCGCGACGGCCAGUGCUGGUACAUCGUGCUCGUAUGGUGGUGGCUCCAUCUACCGUGGCCAGUUUAGUAUUGACACUGAUCCUAUUCCGACCGUCACGUCUUCGACGCCAGCAGUGAAGCUCAACAGCAGCGGCUAUGGUGACGAGGUCACGGCUUGGUCGUACAUGGUAACGGGUACAUCCAACCCGACCCAGCAGCGCUACAUCGACUCAUACAAACAGAACCUUGCGGCGGCCGAAUGGAUCAGCGAAAAGACUGGCGUGGAUGUCUGGGUAUACAACUUGACAUACGUAUACUUCGAGCAAUACCUGACCAUCAUCCACGAUGCGUACGAGCUCAUCGGUCUGUCCCUUGCGGCUAUCUUCGUGAUCACGACGCUAUAUCUAGGCAACGUGUUUUACUCGCUGGUGAUUGCGUUGACAGCGACGAAUAUUGUGGUGCUGGUGCUGGGUCUGAUGCAGCCAUUGGAUAUUAUGCUCAACGGUCUGUCGAUUGUGAACUUGAUUAUUGCGGCUGGUAUUGCAGUGGAGUUCUGUGGUCAUUACGUUCGAUUCUUUGCCAAGGCAAAUGGGACGGGAGACGAGCGUGCUCGUGAUGCCCUUCGUCAAGUACUGACGUCUGUAUUGUUCGGUAUCACCAUCACCAAGGUCAUUGGUCUCAGUGUGUUGACACUUGCCGACUCGCGUGUGUUCAAGAAGUAUUACUUCCGCAUGUACAUGAUGGUGGUGGUGUGUGGUGUGCUCAACGGCAUGAUGCUGCUGCCUGUGCUGCUCAGCACGAUCAUUGACGUCAAGGAUUUCUUCACACGCAAGCGGUCAAGGAAGAGCGAGCUCCCGUCGGCGCCUGUUACUCGUGUUGAGUAACUAAGUUGCAUGUAGCCCUGAAUGUUGAGGACAAUUGAAUAUGAACUAAGCAAAAUAUACUGCAGUAAUUUUCGAUGAGCAAAAAAUGCGCUUUGUUGCAACUUCAAC